AGCCUUGAGGCUGGACUGCAUCUGACACAUUAAAUGUGUGUCCCCAGGGGACUAUGGUGACCGAACCCUCGCCCUGUGGAGCACAGAUACCUAUGAACUCUUGUCAUCCAUCCGCCUCCCAGAGCCCAUGCAUGGGGUGGCCUUCAACCCCUGGGAUGCUGGCAAGCUCACCUGCGUGGGCACGGGUGCUAUCACCUUCUGGCUUCUACAACAACGAGGGGCAGACAUCAACCUCCAGGUGCACCAACAACCAGUCCCUGAGGAGGUGGGGGCAGCUGAACUGACCUCGCUCUGCUAUGGGGCCAACCCCCUGCUCUACUGCGGCUCCAGCUCUGGCCAGGUCUGUGUCUGGGACACUAGUGCUGGCCGCUGCUUCCUGGCCUGGGAGGCAGAUGACGGCGAGAUUGGGGUGCUGCUGUGCUCAGGUUCGAGACUGGUCAGUGGCAGCAACACCAGGCGAUUGCGUCUGUGGGCCGUGGGAGCUGUACCAGAGCUGAGGCGCAAGGGCUCAGGCGCCAGGUCCAGCUCAGUGUUCAUGGAGCAGGAGCUGAGUCUGGAUGGGGCCAUUGUGAGUGCCAGCUUCGACAGCAGCAUGGACAUCGGGGUGGUGGGCAGCACAGCUGGCACGCUGUGGUACAUCAGCUGGACUGAGGGCACCAGCACCCGCCUGGUCAGUGGCCACAGGGGCAAGGUGAACGAGGUGGUCUUCAGCCCCAGCGAAUCACACUGUGCCACUGGAGGUGAGGAUGGUAGUGUGAGAGUGUGGUCCUUGGCCAGCAUGGAGCUGGUGAUCCAGUUCCAGGUCCUGAACCAGGUAUGUGUGAGUGCUGGGGGAACUGGGAUACAUGCUCAGGACAGAGCCCGGGCUAUGAGCUGUGCUUCCAGUCUGCUGAGGCUUCCUUCUGACCCCUCCCUGGGACUGGUGCCCUGUCACCGUUUCCCUGGGGAGUGCUCAUGUUUCCCCACCAUGGGUCCCCAGAGCUGCAUCUGCCUUGCAUGGAGCCCCCCAUCUUGUAGUCGCCCAGAGCAGCAGCAGGUGGUGGCAGGGUACAGUGAUGGCACACUGCGCAUCUUCAGCAUCUCUCGAACCGCCAUGGAGCUCAAGAUGCACCCGCAUCGGGCUGCUCUGACAGCCAUUGCCUUCUCCACUGAUGGUCAGACCGUCCUCUCUGGAGACAAGGAUGGGCUCAUAGCUAUAAGCCGCCCCCACACAGGGAUGACUUUUCGUGUGCUGAGUGACCACCAGGGUGCCCCGAUCUCUACUCUCCAGAGUACAAGUAAAGAGUAUGGAGACCUAGGGGUGGAAGGCACAGACCUGUGGCUGGCUGCCAGUGGGGACCAACGGGUCAGCAUCUGGGCCUCUGACUGGGCCCAGGACCACUGUGAACUCCUGGACUGGUUGAGCUUCCCAGCGCCUGCCACCUUGGAGGCACCCAGCCUCCCUCCUCCAUCCCUUGCUGCCUUCUGCCCCUGGGAUAGGACACUGCUGGUGUGUGUGGGCCUUGGUGUACAUGAAGAAGUGGUCUUCUACAGCCUCCGCCAGAAACAGGUGGUGGAGAAGAUGUCACUGCCCUUCUUUGCCAUGUCCCUGAGCCUCUCCCCAAGGUCCCACCUCAUAGCUGUUGGUUUCGCUGAGUGCAUACUAAGGCUCCUGGAUUGUGCAUCGGGGACCAACCAGGACUUUGCUGGCCAUGACGACUCUGUGCACCUGUGCAGGUUCACCCCCUCUGCCAGGCUGCUCUUCACAGCCUCCCACAAUGAGAUCCUGGUGUGGGAGGUCAUGGACCACUGAACUGUAGCAGAACUGUGGUGUCUGGUCACCUGGCACUGGGGAAGAAAAGGCAGGGUGUGGAUGGUGAUGUGCUGGACGGGGAUGGCUAAGACAGGCGAAGACUGUAAAUCAUCUGGUCUAAGCUGUUUUGAAUUUGUGUGGGUGUGGCUCAGUAGUAGGGCACUAGCUUAGCAUGUAUGAGGCCCUGGGUUUGAUCCCCAGCAACACAUACACACACACACUCUUAGAAUAUGUAAGGGAAUUUUCAUCUGAGAGGUUUUUUUUUCCCCUUAAUGUUUCUACU